CUUUGCCUACGCGCCAUUUCUGCCAAAUAGCGGUGCUGGAUCCGGUUUAUUUGGAUCAGGAAUGGGUUUAGCUGGUUUUGGUGGACCCAGCCUUGGCGGUCAAGGAGCAGGUAGACCAGGCAGUUCUGGUUCCUACGGCUCAAGUAGUAACACAGGUAUCGCAGGUAUUGCAGGUUUAAGCAGCGGUCUUCGAAUGCGCCCGCGAAACGGAAAUGGUGGUGCCCUCAUCAACAUUGGACCAAAUGUUGUUGAUUUCGUCCCUUUGUCCACGUCUUCAUUCAGUCUCUUCCCUAGUCGCCCCAAUACGAUCCCAGUUAACGGCAUGGUUGCUGGUGGCAUUAACACGAACACCGGUGGUAUAGGCGCAAAUGGCAUAAACGCGAACGCCGGUGCUAUGGGCGCAGGUGGCAUGAACGUGAACGCCGUUGGUAUUGGCGCUGGAAGUAUGAAUGGAAACGGAGGUGCAGGAGCCGCUGCGGGAGCGGGUAUGGGCAGCAUGAACGCCGCUGCCGUGAACGCUGCUAUGAACGCAGGAGGUAAGAGCGGUCUUGCAGUAGGGAUGAACACAGGAACUGCAUUGAAUGCCGGAAAUACUGGUAUUAGUGCUAACAUGGCUGCUGUUGAUAUGGGUGCUGCGAUAGUCUCUAUGAAUUCCAUGGCCGGAGCUGGAAGGAACGCUGGCAUGAACGACGUUAUGAACGGUGGCAGGAGCUCGGCCAUUGGAGGAGGAAUAAACGACAGCGGUAUGAGAGCCAUCGGAGCUGGUAUAGGCGGUGGUAAUGCUGGCGUUGGUGGUUCAACUGGCGAAGUGAACGCAGCGAUGGUGUCUGUGGCCAUGGUGCCGUCGGCUGGUACCGGAAAUGCCGGUCAAAUGAAUUUAGGUGGCAGGGGAGAUGCCAUCAGCACCGGCAUCGCAGGGUUCGGGAUGCAGGGCCUCACUCACAUUGGAAACGGAUGUUACAUCGACGAAGCUGGCGACAUUGUGAAGCUUGGUUCGGGAGCAGCAGGAGUGGCGGGGGCCGGAAACAGCGGUUACGGCCGCUAGGCUGGAAACAUGGAAACUCUGGGCUCAAAAUCCGGCAUAUUUAUUGACCCCGGUAAAAAGGACUACAGCUUCUGCCAAUCAGCGCUUGUCCUACAGUCCAGUGUACAAUGUUUC